AUGAGCUACCCAGAGAAACAGGUUAACAUAACGAAGGAUGAGUGGGUUGCCAAAUUGGAAGAGAACUCUUACACGCAACGCGUCUCCAUGAACAACCUGAUCAUGAAUUAUCUGGUCACAGUCGUUGAUCGAUUUCAUUGCGUAGAAGGCUUCAAGGAAGCCGCGGAGAAGUUUCAACAGGAAUCCGGAGUGGAACCCACGGUAGAUCUGAGUUCGUUGGACGAUAGGAUUCGUAUCAGAGAGGCAAUUCAAAAUGGUCGUAUUCAGGAGGCAACGGAUCUCGUGAACCAGCUGCACCCGGAAUUAUUAGACAACGAUAGAUAUCUUUAUUUCCAUCUGCAGCAGCUGCAUUUGAUCGAGUUGAUUCGUACAGGGAAAAUAGAAGAAGCUCUGCAAUUUGCCCAAGAUAGGCUGAGCGAAGCUGGUGAAUCGGAUGACGUUAUCUUGUGCGAAUUAGAGCGUACUUUGGCUUUAUUAGCUUUCGAUGAACCCCAUAAAAGUCCCUACAGUGAUUUACUUCAUCCGACUCACAGGCAAAAGAUUGCAAGUGAAUUGAAUGCAGCUAUAUUGAAAAUGGAGCAUAAGGAAUCAACCAGUCCACGAUUGAAUAACUUGCUCAAGAUGAUACUUUGGGCACAGGAUGAGUUGGAAAAGAAAAAAGUGAAGUAUCCAAAAAUGACUGACUUGGGUAGCGCUACUAUUGAGAACCCAAAAUAA